AUGGACUCGCAACAAGCUGGCAUAGAUGCGAAAGACGCUCCUGCCGAAGGAAUUGUCCAUGCCGCCUUGUCAAGGAAACAGCCACCUCCAGAAUCUCCUGAUGGCAUCAAGACGCGUAGAUGGAUCAUUUUCUGCUUCUGGGCCAUUGCAGGUCUGCUAGGCCUGCCUAUUUGGUACGCCACGACUACUGUGCCCCGCGCCGCACUGCCCUUGGAGUCGAUGGAUGCCUGGGCUUCAGGUCAGACAUGUAAACUCGAAUUCCCUGUGCAUCUUGUCCUUGCUGCUAGCCAUCUUGAUACCGCAAUUACCAUCGAUCUUGCUCAACAGGUUCAGCGAGGCUUGGACAAACAGAACAAGUCUCCCAUUCACCGCUUGCGAGUUAUCACAUCGGGACACAGUACUGCAGAUCAGUCAGCAGACGCGCCAUAUAUUGACCCUUUGUCAUCCUCGGCUAUCACCAGUCAAGUCGCUGCCACGGUCAAUCUCGUGCUUGACACAUCCUACACUCAACCCCUAGCCAAGGUCCAGCCCUUUGACCCCAUCCUUGACAUCUACCACGGGUCGUUGUCGUCGACUCAGCCCUCAGAUGUAUCUAAUCUGGCUGACUUCAUUGCGAACGAACUUCUGAAGCUGUUUGCGGAGGAGCAGGUCACUCUUGACUAUCUUUUGACAGGACAGACCACUCAUCAUGAGUCAUCUGGAAGCAUCGAUUCCUCAUCAAUCAUCGAGAACUACAGGAAAAGAUCUAACCGUGCUUUCAAGUAUGCCUCGACUUACCAUCUGACAUUCUCUCUCUUCACCGGAUCAGCAUCACCCUCCGCAUGGGACAUUAAAGCAGCGCUAGACGAGUACUUGGGUCCUUUCUUGGCCUCCUUCUCAUCGGUCAGCAAGUUCAGUGUCGACACUCAAGUGCAGCUGUAUGCAUCUCUUUCUCCUUCACUACACGGCCCCCAAUAUGACGAGGCAUCGAAGAAAUGGACACUUCUGCGUUCCGAUUUGAGUGCAUUCAUCAAUGCAGCGGAGUGGCCUCUUAGUCCGAGCAUCGGCGUUGGACCUACUAUCAACUUUGUUGCUUACGUUCCGUCUCCCAAGCAAGCUCCCAUGGUGAUCCAAGAGACCGGUGGGACUAGUUGGCUGAUUCCUCAAUGGGGCGGUGUUCAAAUAUUGAAUCCUUCAACAGACCAAGGAAACAACACUGCCCUCACUAAACAGGAUCUCGAGCCGGUGAUGCGCAUUUUCGCAGAACAACUGGAGUCCCUGAUUGGUCUGCCGCAAUCACCAUCUUCGCUUCCUCUACGACUUUCGAGUCUAACACGUGAGAGAGCAGCAUCGCUUAUUCUGUCGGCAUCUUCGACUCUCGGAGCAUUGUCUAGGCUGACGCUCAAGCUGACCAGCAUUGCUAUUCCAGACAAUGUGGCUGAUUCGGUACAAAAGACAAUCCACCAUCUAGAAACUGCCUGCUCCCAUGUUCAUGAAGGUCAAUACGACACUGCAUUGGAGCAUGCACGAAUCGCUGAAGCCCAUGCGGAGCAAGCCUUCUUUGAACCAUCCAUGGUUGGUCAGGUCUACUUCCCUGAUGAGCACAAGGUCGCAGUCUAUGUGCCUCUGCUCGGUCCCAUGGCAGUACCUUUGGUGAUGGCGGCACUAAAAGAGUUCAAGCAGUUCAAGCAGGCACGGGCAAAGACUAGUUGA